AGUCACACACACUUCCAGUUUAAGCCCGCCAAUAAAAGUAAAUUAUGUAGGAAAAGGCAUUAUCUUCUCACUUUGAAACUCCACCCUUCUCCUCCAUCAACAAUUCAACACUCUCACUGAAAAUGGAGACAAAUCUCCAACUACCUUUACAAAUUCAGCACCUUAAACCUUCUUCUCUAAAAUGCCCGCCAUUUUUCUCACCUAAAAAUCAAAUCUUUCACAAACCCACCAUCAAUUUUUCUUCAAAUUUCCGUUCUUGUAGUUUUAACAGCAUCAAUUUAAAACUUAGAAGUAAAACUAGAAGAAGAGUAAGUGAAAUUAGAGGUGAAUUGGGAAAAUUAGAGGAGAGAGAAGAAGAAAAGAAGGAGAAACCAGUAAAAAGGGCAUACCCAUUUCAUCAAAUUGAACCCAAAUGGCAAACAUUUUGGGAGGUUAACAAAACUUUCCGAACCCCAGAUGAUGUUGAUACUUCUAAACCUAAGUUCUACGUUCUUGACAUGUUUCCUUACCCCAGUGGAGCUGGGUUACAUGUUGGUCAUCCACUCGGGUAUACAGCUACUGAUAUUCUUGCUAGAUUCAAAAGGAUGCAGGGUUUCAAUGUUCUGCACCCAAUGGGAUGGGAUGCAUUUGGGUUGCCGGCAGAGCAGUACGCUAUCGAUACAGGUACCCAUCCUAAAAUCACAACAAUGAGGAACAUCGGACGUUUUCGAUCACAGCUUAAAUCAUUGGGCUUCUCAUACGAUUGGGAUCGUGAAAUCUCUACAACAGAACCAGAAUAUUAUAGAUGGACACAGUGGAUAUUUCUUCAGCUUUUGAAAAGAGGGCUGGCUUAUCAGGCAGAAGUUCCAGUCAAUUGGUGUCCUGCCCUUGGCACAGUAUUGGCAAAUGAGGAAGUUAUAGAUGGUGUCAGUGAACGUGGGGGUCAUCCAGUGAUAAGAAAGCCAAUGAGGCAGUGGAUGCUCAGGAUCACUGAGUAUGCAGACCGCCUUCUAGAGGAUCUGGAAGAGCUUGACUGGCCCGAAAGUUUAAAGGACAUGCAAAGAAAUUGGAUAGGUAAGUCAGAAGGGGCCGAACUGGAAUUUCCAGUGCUUGAUGCUGGUGGACAAGAAAGAGGGGUCGGAAUUACUGUUUAUACAACCAGGCCAGAUACUAUUUUCGGAGCAACCUAUCUUGUGUUGGCCCCGGAGCAUCCUUUGUUAGAGUCGCUAGUAUUCACAGACCAAACAAAAUAUGUUGAGGAGUAUAAAGAGCUCGCCUCAAGAAAGAGUGACCUUGAGAGGACUGAGCUCCAAAAAGAGAAAACUGGAGUCUUUACUGGUUGCUACGCAAAGAACCCCGCCAAUGGAGCAGCCGUUCCCAUAUGGGUGGCAGAUUAUGUUCUAGGAAGCUAUGGUACCGGAGCAAUUAUGGCUGUUCCUGCACAUGAUACACGUGACCAUGAAUUUGCUUCAAAGUAUGAUAUUCCAAUUCAUUGGGUUGUGAAGCCAGAUGACGAAGAUGGCAGCUGUAUAGGCAAGGCUUAUUCUGGUGGUGGUGUUAUCAUGAACUCAUAUAGCUCUGCAACAGGGCUUGAUAUCAAUGGUUUGUCUAGCAAAGAAGCCAUUCCAAAAGUAAUUCAGUGGGCUGAAGAAACUGGAACUGGAAAGAAAAAGGUGAACUAUAAGUUGAGGGACUGGCUUUUUGCUAGGCAGCGCUAUUGGGGGGAGCCUAUACCUGUAGUUAUUAUGGAUGACAAUGGUGAUAGUGUUCCGCUUCCUGAUAGUGAAUUACCGUUGACACUUCCUGAGUUGGAUGAUUUUACUCCUACUGGGACGGGUGAACCACCUUUAUCCAAAGCUUUGUCUUGGGUACAAACAGUCGAUCCACUAUCAGGAAAGCCAGCCAGAAGAGAAACAAACACCAUGCCUCAGUGGGCUGGCUCGUGUUGGUAUUAUUUGAGAUUUAUGGAUCCACAAAAUUCAAAGGAAUUAGUCAACAAGGAAAAAGAAAGGUAUUGGGGCCCAGUUGAUGUAUAUGUUGGUGGUGCUGAACAUGCAGUCCUUCACUUACUUUAUGCGAGGUUUUGGCACAAGGUUCUCUAUGAUAUUGGUGCUGUGUCAACAAAGGAACCAUUCAAGUGUGUCAUAAACCAAGGGAUUAUCUUGGGCAAGGUCCAGUAUAUGGCACAUAAAGACACAAAUGGUAAUUAUGUAUCUGCAGAUUCAGCUACUAUGUCUGGUGAUCUUUAUCAAGAACAAAUUCCUGAGGAAAAAGUUGUGAAAUCAGGAGAAUUCUUUGUGUUAAAAGAGAACCCUACUAUUCGGCUGAUUGCUCGGACUUAUAAAAUGAGUAAAAGUAAAGGCAAUGUCGUUAACCCGGAGGAUGUGGUUGCUGAAUAUGGUGCUGACUCACUCCGCUUGUAUGAGAUGUUCAUGGGACCAUUGAGAGACGUAAAACCAUGGAAUACCAGUGGAAUUGAAGGUGUUUAUCGGUUUAUGGGAAGAGUAUGGAGACUUAUUGUGGGCUCACCUCUAUCUGAUGGUUCAUUUAAAGAUGGAACAGUUGCUAUUGAUGUAGAGCCCACAGUAGAUCAACUUCGUUCGCUUCAUAAAUGCAUUGUAAAGGUCACCGAGGAAAUCGAAGCAACACGGUUUAACACUGGUAUCUCAGCAAUGAUGGAGUUUAUUAAUGCAGCAUAUAAGUGGGAUCAACAUCCGAGGUCAAUCUUUGAGGCAUUUGUUCUGCUGCUAUCACCAUAUGCACCUCAUAUGGCUGAGGAGCUCUGGUUUCGCCUUGGAAAUUCAAAUUCACUUGCAUAUGAGCCUUUCCCAAAGGCAAAUUCAGCAUAUUUGAAAGAUUCGAAAAUAGUCCUUCCUGUUCAGUUUAAUGGAAAGACGCGGGGAACCAUUCAAGUAGAAGAAACAUGUACAGAAGAUGAAGCUUUCACAUUAGCCUCCACGGACGAAAAGCUGUCAAAGUAUAUACAAGGGAAAACCAUCAAAAAGAAGAUCUUCGUCCCUGGUAAGAUCUUGAAUGUGAUCGUAGUUCCUGAAAAAGUCAAGGUGGGUCAGCAAUAAAAUCCAGAAUUCAUGAAGUCAAUCGAAGCCUAAUUGAAUAACUCGUUGAAAUGCAGUCUGAUGAUGGUAAACAAGCUCUUCAUCCUCUUCACUUCCUUAUUCUUGGUUUAGUCAGUGGGAGUUGUUACUUCUCCUUCUCAAAUGAGUAGAAGCAUGCCGUCUUCUUUAACCGCGAAUAAUGCUGUUAGAAGCAUGCCUAAUUUUGAUUCUUUUGUGUAUAAUUAUUAUCUGUAAACAAAGAUGAGAAGAUAAAACUAAUGUACUAUGAUCUUGAAAUGAAGACUCUGAUUCUUUUACUUGUCCUGAAAUAGUUGUCAUUUUGAUGUAUUGCCCUUGUUAAUCAUUCACACAAAAAAUAAAAGUUUUUUUUGAGUUUUUUGGUUC